GCUCAACAUGAGCAGAUGAUGAAAAGGUAUGCAGAAAAACUCACUGCGAUUCAAAAGUCUGUGCAGGAACGUCAAAAAGAGAAACCAAAGAGAGAAGGCAAUCCGGAUUCGGGUUAUUCUUCCAUUCCGCCCGCUUCGUGUCUGCCGCCGAAUCACAUAAGUAGUCUCGACGAAAUCGAUCCCGCCGACGUAAUCGCAGCUUCGAACCCCGUGCAAUCUAGCCCCGCCACCCCGACGACCACGUCUGCCUCCGAGUUGCGCACCCGGGAGGCCACUCGCAACUCGAUUUACAGCUUCCCCGAUGCGAAUAUCUCCGUUGUCAGACCCGCCACGAUCUCCGGUUCCGUGUCUGACUUUUCCUAUGCCCUUCCCAGUCCGUGGUUUACCGGCGACUCCGGCGUCGAAGCCAACGAGAGAAUGGCCGCCAAGGACGAAAGGGCCCGAGCCGAGCGCCGGGAACGGGAGAGGCAGCGCCUAAUCAAGAACUACGAGAAGAGUGUAGAGAAGCUCAACAAGAAGGCCUGUAAGGCGGCGCUGAAGCAGCAGAAAAAGGAGGAGAAAAGGAAUAAACAAAAGAAAGGGUGAAUGUCUAAUAAUUAUGGAAAGUGAAAUCGCC